AUGUCUACUGCGCACAAUUCGAACCAACCGAUCACGCUCAGAUCCGUCGCAAAUCAGAUCACGAAACCGUUCCGAGUGAGUACAUGUCUGAAAUCGACCAAUUGAAAAAAGACCUUGUGUUUUCAGUGGUUGAACAGGAAACUCGUCGGAGAGCCGGCCGAAAUGUGCCGUCUCAUCGAAGUGAUCGGACGUGGAGAGUUCGGAAGAUCGAUUCUGGCGCAGAGCUCUUCCACGAUGCGCUUCCACACGUUCAAAGUGAUGAAGAAAGGAGAGGAGGCGAUGACGGAGAAGCGGAUGUUCGAAGUGUUGCCGUGGUCGGAUUCCUCGUUGCUCGUCCACGUCUUCAGUUGUUUUGAGACUCCUCAAAGCAUUGUGUUCAACAUGGAAUACACCUCCGAGUUCCUCAAGCUCCGUCUCGAAAAAGGUCCGAUCCGGUCAGAUUCGGCCCGAUUUUAUGGUGCCUGUGUCCUGAUGGGAGUCCAGUUCCUUCACGAUCUGAAGAUCUGCCACAAUAAUUUGAAGUUAGAGGCCAUUUUCCUGGACCUAAAUGGUUACGCAAAGAUCGGAGGCUUGGGGAAUUGUGUCGAGAGAAUGGGAGCAUUCGACAGUACAACGUCGGUUCCCGAGAAUUCGAAGGACGUCGCUCGUUAGUUUCUUUGCUAUAAUUUCCAAGAAAAUGAGUUCAUUUUUACAGCGGAAAUUAUAAAAGGGUAUCCCCACACCCGAGCGGUCGAUUGGUGGUCUCUCGGGGUGCUGAUCAAGCAAAUGUUAACCGGGGCGAGGGCGACGGAGGAGGAAACCGCAGUUUCCGAUGCUGCUUUCGAUCUGAUCACGAAAGUGAGUGAAACCGCACUCUAAACACAAUCGGCUUCAUUUUUCACGUUUCAGCUGCUCGCCGAGGAUCCGAAAGAUCGCUUGGGGUACGGAAACAGAGGAGCCGAGGAGAUCAAGAACGAAGAGUAUUUCAAAGGCUGCGACUGGCAUGGAAUCAACUUCCAUCAGGUUAUGCCGUCCUUCAGGCCCGAGAUUGUGAGUUUUCGCACUUUUGACUUGUAAGACGAUGCUUUUUUAGCGGUUUUCGGAAGACGUGGACGAUGCCUCCGAACAGAAGGGUGUGCAGUUGUCGAAGGAGAACGUCGUGAAGAAGUCCGAUCGCCGGCGCUUCGAUGAAAUCGUCUCCUUGAUGGAAUAGUUCACUGAAUAUCCCUUUUUCUCCAGACAAGUUUUUCCUUCACUUUUUCUGUGCACCCAGUAGAUUCCGGUUCUCCCUCUAGACUAAUAUCAUCAUCCGAUUUUCGCUCCUCCCGCUCGCUCUCCUCAUUUUGCAUCCAAUUUCUGAGCGUAUUUCCACCGGUUAUCACUUUUGUCUGGAAAAACUAUCAAAGAAGAACAGAAUCUGAAACACAUUUGCUCAAUAGCGAUUAUGCAAACGCAAACGAUCUCGCCAAAGUGCUUUAUUAUCGAAAACAUUUCUCCGAACACAUGUCACCCCCUCUUCUUGUUUUCACUUGUUCCACGUGUCCCCCAAAUCAACAAUAUUGUCCGCUCAACUUUAAAUAAUAAAAACGAAUGCCUUCCCUUCUUCUUCUACUCCUACUCUUUCUCUGUAUUCUCAUAGUUCCAAUUUCGGCGGAGCAUCUCAUCCAGGUCGCCGAGGACUUUAUCAAACUCCUCCAAGAAGCGGUCAACAACCAGAAUCUGGAGGAAAUCGGCGAUUUCUUCUGGGGAACCGUUCUCUAUCGGUCCAAUGGAGAGAGCCGAGAGUUGAGCAACUGUUAGUUCAGUUCACGUUAUCUUAUAUUCGACAAUAUCCAUUUCAGUGGAAGCGGUUCUCGAGAUUGCCAACAAAUGGAUCAUUGAACGUGUUCUCGAAGCAUCUUUUGUGGAGGAGCGGCGCGUCGAAGGAGUCCGAAUUCGAGUGGAGAUCGGAAUGGAAGAGGACGGAGAGAAAGACCUGGCGGAUGUGUACAUCGUCGAGUACAGAGAGGCCGACUUUAGAAUUCUGCAAGUGGAUCGUCGUGGUUAA